CUUCUUUCUUCGCCUCUUCUGCCGCUCCCUCCUUACUGCCUCCCCUUCAACACGCGCCCGCCCACUCAAACAGGCAGUUUACUGUCUCUUGAAGGCGCUCAAAUUCCCUGCAAUGGAUAAAGAGGAGAUCAAGCCGGCUACCCGGAUUCAAUUCCAGGGCGACGAGGAAACCGGUCGAGUUGGUCGCGAACGCGACGCCUACCGUCAUGACAGGCGCUUGUCGCGUGCAUCCAGCGCGGGAAGUCUCUCGAUCCACAGUGCAGGUGGUGGUACGAGGACUGUGCAACCGGAGACUGCCUUGCCUAUCACCUACCGUACCCUCUCUAUCGAAGUCGAUGAAGCCCGAGACCAGAAACAGGAGAUCGUGAAGAAGGCGAAGGAGCGCGCUGGUGUUGAGCUCGUUGACCUAGAAUGGCACACCAUCUCCAUUGACGAACUUCUUCGCCGCCUUUCGGUCACCCUCGGGCAAGGCCUCUCUCCAAACCAAGUCGCGCGCCGCCUCACUGAGCAUGGCAAGAACAAGAUGACGAAACCUCCAUCGGGUCGCUUCGCAAAGAUCAUGGGCUACUUCUUUGGUGGCUUUGGUUCGAUCCUUCUCAUUGCCGGCAUACUGGUAUUUAUUGCAUGGAGGCCGCUUGGAAACCCACCCGCGAAGGCUAACCUUGCGCUUGCCAUUGUCUUGAUCAUUGUCUUCUUCUUUCAGGCGGCGUUCAACGCAUGGCAGGACUGGAGCUCGGCACGAGUUAUGGCUUCCAUCGGAACCAUGCUGCCGGACCAGUGUAUCGUCGUUCGCAACGGAUCUCAAGAGAGCAUCUCGGCAAUUGACCUGGUGCCUGGCGAUAUCGUGAUCAUCAAGCAGGGCAACAAGCUGCCUGCCGAUGUUCGGUUCGUUGAAACGUCCAGCGAUGCUAUGUUCGACCGUGCAAUCUUGACAGGUGAAUCCGAACCUUGCCCUGCGACCACCGAAGCGACCGAAGACAAUUACCUUGAGACACACAACAUCGGUAUGCAAGGUACUCAUUGCAUAUCCGGGAGCUGCAUUGGUAUCUGCGUCGCUACCGGUGACAGCACUAUCUUCGGUCGUAUCGCAAAGCUUACCAGCGAGCCCAAGACUGGAAUGACGCCGUUGCAGAAGGAGAUCCUUCGGUUUGUGCUCAUCAUUUGUGUCUUCAUCACAUGCGUGGUCAUCCUCAUUGUUAUCCUAUGGGCAGCCUGGCUCCGGAAAGACUACCCUGACUGGAUCGAUGUUCCGCUCCUUAUCGUUGACUGCGUCUCCUGCGCAGUAGCAUUCAUCCCUGAAGGUUUGCCCAUUGCGCUCACGACUAGCUUGACGAUUGUCGCGAACAUCAUGAGGAAGAACAAGAUCCUUUGCAAGUCUCUGAAGACAGUCGAGACUCUGGGUGCUGUGUCAGUCAUCUGUUCAGACAAGACUGGUACUUUGACCAAGAACUCUAUGGUCGUCACGGACAUCUACGCUGGAGGGGAAGAAUACACCCCUGAAGCAGCCCGCGAUCUCAUGGCAGUCAUCCGAUCCGAGAACAACAUCGCUGCUCUUAGCAAGAAGCGUGAAGACGUUAUGGAGGACCUUCGCAUGUUGUCCGGUCUUUGUAACGCUGGUGAAUUCGAUGCUGCGACCAUGCACCUGCCCAUCAGCGAGCGAAAGAUUAAUGGUGAUGCAACUGAUCAGGCUAUCUUGCGCCUGUCAGAGGGCCUCGGGUCCGUGGCCGAACUUCGCCAGACAUACAAGAAGGUUUUCGAGAUCGCUUUCAACAGCAAGAACAAGUUCAUGGUGCGAUUGAUGGCGCCGGCAUCGCAGGACGCAGCCAACAAGCAAUGCACACUCAUGAUCAAGGGAGCCCCGGACAUCAUUUUACCCCGCUGCAAUUCGGUCGUCGGUGACCACGGGGAGGUUCUGCCAUUGACUGAUGCCCAAGGCCAGCGCAUCGAACGGAUCAAGGACGACUGGUCCCGACAAGGAAAGCGUGUCAUCCUUCUCGCUCGCAAAAAUACCGUGGCUCCUUUCUCCUCCAGCCCCGAGAAAGAGGUCCUCGUCGCAGCUCGCGAAGGCUUGACUUUUGUAGGCCUCCUCGGUAUUGUCGAUCCGCCGCGCGAUGAGAUCCCGUCCGUCGUCAACAUCCUCCGUAACGCAGGCAUCCGCAUCUUCAUGGUCACUGGUGACUUCAAGCUCACUGCUCAGGCUAUUGCUGAAGAGUGCGGUAUCAUCUCUGACUCUGCGUCGGUUGAUGACAUAUCGGCUUUGAGCAGGGAGGAGAAGAGCGGCUUCUCGCGUCGAGCUAUGGUGUUGAGCGGUCCCGAACUAAUGACCCUCAACGAGAACCAAUGGGACCAGCUGUGUGAUUAUGAGGAGAUUGUGUUCGCGCGAACUACGCCUGAACAGAAGCUUCGUAUCGUCAAGGAGUUCCAGCACCGAGAGAACAUCGUUGGUAUGACUGGUGAUGGUGUCAACGACGCUCCCUCGCUCAAAGCUGCUGAUAUCGGUAUUGCCAUGGGCAGCGGUAGCGAUAUCGCCAUCGAGGCCGCUGACAUGGUUCUUCUCGACUCGUUUGCCGCCAUCGUCGCCGCCGUCGAGUACGGUCGUCUUGUCUACGACAACCUGAAGAAGACGAUCUUGUACCUUCUGCCUGCUGGAUCCUUCAGUGAGCUCUGGCCCGUCGUCACGAACGUCGCCUUUGGUAUCCCGCAGAUCCUCUCGUCCUUCCUGAUGAUCGUCAUCUGCUGCUUCACCGACUGCGCAGCCGCCAUAACCCUCGCCUAUGAGAAGCCUGAAUCCGACCUGAUGUUGCGCCCGCCCCGCAGCCCCAAGAAAGACCGCCUCGUCAACACGCGCCUUAUAUUCCACGCAUAUUUCGUCGUCGGCCUCCUCGAGUGCUUCCUCUCCUUCACCAUGGCCUUCUGGUACAUGGAGCGCAAGGGCGUCCCGUUCACCGCCAUGUGGCUCAAGUUCGGCGAGUACGAUCCGCAGUACAACACCGACUACAUCAACCAGACGGCCAACGAGGCUUCGAGUAUCUAUUUUGUCACGCUGGUAGUGAUGCAGUUGUUCAAUCUUCUCGCUACCCGCACACGCCGGCUCAGCAUUUUCCAGCAGCCGCCGGUAUUCAAUAAGAAAACGCAGAAUCUGCUGCUGUUCCCUGCGAUGAUCUUUGCGAUUGUUGUCGUGUUUAUCUUCUGCUACCCGCCUAGUGUGCAGGAGGCUAUUGAUACGACGACGAUCCCGGUCGAGUAUUGGUUCUUCCCUGUGGCGUUUGGUAUCGGACUGCUGAUGUUGGACGAGGCGAGGAAGUGGGCGAUUCGGUCAUACCCGCAAGGACUACUUGCUAGGUUGGCUUGGUAGAGUGGGAGGGAGAGGGCACCGGGCUCGAGCAGGCGGAGGAGCGUUGUUGAUCAUGGAGUAGGCGAGCAUAGCUUGUAUAUGUUUCGAUGGAUUAAAGCCUGCUCGCAGUCACUGGUAGGCCCAAAAUGGUUAUAAAACAAAUAACAUCUUAUACAAUUCGGGGCGCUGUUACUUCAG